AUGAAUUUGUUUAAAGAGUCUACGGAGCGAGAUGAGACUGUUGUGGAUGCAGGCUUUAGGACGGAGUUGAGAGAGGGGAAGGAGGGUGGUAUCUCCAGGGGGCAACCACUGGCACCACUGGAGGAUUUCUCUUUGAGUUUCUUCACUUUCCUAUCGGCCGUCUGCGUGGUCCUCCACCUGGUAGCUACGGCGCUCUCCGGCCUCAGUGGUGCCGACUUCCAGACCCUGGUCAACUGCAAGGAGAGUAGCCGCCCAAGGUCGUGCCUUUGCUGCGAGUCUCAUUCCGGGUGUAUGAGAUGGGAGGACAUGAUAUCUUUCGAGGGUGUGGAUGACUGCUCCAUGAUCACUACCACCUUGAAGGAACUCAUGUACUCAGUAUGCGUAACUAAUAUAGUUGCAUGUGUAAUCUGCAUAGCGUCAACCAUUAUUGGCUGCGCAUACAUCGUCAAGAGGCAUACAACGAGACGGAUGGUCGUCCGUCGUUCACAGUGCAGCAACCUAGCGAGAGAUUCCUUCUUCAGCGACAUCAUCAUGCCGACUGACUCCAUCUUCACCCCGCCCAUCGCACCCCCUCCUCCUUACUCCCCACCGGAGUACACAGCAAUCUCCAACGACAGGGUGCUGGUAGAGUCCAAUGAGUUCAUGGAUGACAUGUCCACUCCGACGCCUGUGAUUGGUCCGAUGGAUAUGCCGCCGCCGUACUCGACCCUUGACCUGUCUCCUGGCGGGACGACGAUCGAGUGUUCCGUGGCUCAAGAGUAUCAAGUCGAACCAAGCGAGAUACGUCAUAUCGAACCUCGUCGCCUUGGUUCUCAGACUGCCAUCAGCAAUUCCUACAAUCCUGGCCGUGCCAUCAUCACCAUCUACCAAAGAAACAACACCGAACAGAUACCCACCCCUCCACUCCGAUGGGACAGUCAUCAUGUAACACGAGUCGCCCCCAUGCCCAGAAUGGAACAGUCUGGUUGUAGUUCCAUUGAACCUCACCAGCACCACCACCAUCAUCGCCACAGCAACAUUGCCAAUGCCCCAGCGCCUGUACAAAUCAUUAACAACAAUAGACGGCAUGUGAAAAGUAAAUCCCGGCCACGCUCAACAUCGUCGGGAGGCUCCCCACGGGCCGACCAACAGCGGCAGGAGGGGAGGUUACCUCGCCAGAUCAUACCCCAGCAGGGUGAGAGUAGCAACGGUUUACUAAUUGUAAAUGAUGGAGUUGGUCCCGAGCCACGGCUACGUUCAAACAGUGGAGGUUGUCUACCGGUGGUGAUUAUGCGACAUCACCGGAGUAGACCGUCACGGGGGAAUCGCGUGUCGACCGCUUCACAGACAUCUCUCGAGGGGACUGAUAAUAAUGCUACCAAUGUGAACUCAGCUACUAAUGCAGAGAGUAUUAAUGUAGGAGAUAGAUUCAUCCCGAAUAUUCCUUGCUCCGUCAGGCAAAAUGUUUCCACCGUCGUGUCAUCUCAAUGUGUUGCCAAUUUGUGUAGGGCCGUGAAUCAAAUCCGAGGAGCGGGCUGUGAUAACAGUCGCCCCGCCAACAAUAAUGAACCCAGUAGGGUAUCCGUCAAAUCUAAAUCAGGUUUAAUGGACAGGAAAGCGAGUUCCUCGUCUGGCAGUGUGUCAGGACCCACCACCACCAGUGUGCCUUCUAACACCAAAUCAAGCAGCAGUAACGAACGCCUAACUGGUACUAGUAGUAGCCACACGAGUCGGGACUCUGCAAUCGGUCGCCGACAGCGACGGCGAAACAGUCGCCACGCCGCCGAACGACGACGAGUUUCCUCAUCGACAACGUGUAGUACAUCUCCAACGGAAAGCAGCUCGCGAUCCAGCACCAGUGGGAGUUUUGGACGCGGGCGACGGGGUCGGAAUCGAUUUAUUUCCACAAGUUCUUCCAGCGAUAGCGAUGAGGAUCAUCGGCACCCACCCCCACCGAGGCGAAUGAUUGCCAGGAUGGCCAACGGAGCAAUAAAACAUGAAAUGAUGGACCCUACUAAUGCUCAUGGAUCAAGUAUAGGGGGUCAUCGUGAACAAAAACACAGGAAAAACUCUGGAUCUUCGAGUAACACCCCAUCCAGGGGUCGACCUAAACACCAAAGGUCAAACACGGAAAAGACUACAUCAGCAAGCAGCAGAAGAGCGAAUAGUUCAGAACCUCAGACAAGAAAUUAUGUACCAAUGGCGGUAGCUCAAGCUCCUCCUAUUGCCAAUGAACCUGAAUCUUCAAUGACUAUUACAUCAUGGGCCGAUACGGGAGAACAAAUAAACCUGCGCCAGAAACGACCAAAUUCUCUCAAUCUCCGCCUGAGGCAAUCUCAUCCCGCCAUCCAAUCACGGCGCAGUCAUCCCACCGCGGUUACUUUUAUAGAUGAGAGUGAUCCGUGGAUUCACAGAGACACUGGGAGAACGUAUACCUCUGUCGGUGUGCAGAGCAUGCCGGAGCAAACACAACCCACUCAACAGUCUAUGGAUUCGCUGAGAAAGUCCAGAGAAUCACCUCUAAGGAUUCCGAUGCCGAUGGACGACCUGCCUCCCGAGAUACAAAGUUCAGUCAGUGCACCCACGCCUUCCACAACAGCCCAGGACCCUUUGUCAUCAGUGCCUAAACCCAAAGCCAGACCCAAGUCCAUGGUGGAACUCAGUCAGGACACCAGUGUCCUCGUGUCGCGUUUCUUGAAACAAUCCAUCAGCGGGCUGUCGCCGGCAAUUAAGACAGUCUUGGAAGACAUUCAGAAUGUGAUCACCACCGAUGAGCAGUACCUCACUGAGGCUCUUCAGAGCCAUAAUAUCAUCGAUGGAUACAUCGAGAAGGCAAACUCUGCAGAGAAACUCAGCCGCGAGACGUCAACGCGCAAACAAGAUCCUGAGCUUCCGGAAAACAAAGACUCGCCUCAAACGCCGAGUCCGCUGCUGAACCCCAAGGACCUUUUGAAACUGAGGCUUGUGGAGGAAAGCGGGAUGGAGGAGGGCGUCUUACCGAGUUCAGAGACGAAGUUUGAGCAUAGCUGUCCAGAUGCAGAUCUUAUCGGAACUAGUGGGACCAAACAUGAGGCCUUGCUUCAGGGAUGUCUGGCCAAGAGUUUAGAGAGUGCAAGAGAAACGGUUCUCUAACCCUCAAAAUUGUACACAACAUUUUAAAUAAGAGAUUUGAAGGUGACUCCCAUGAAGGUUAAAUGCAAUCUUUCGUUACAAUUCUUGCAAAGCAAACAAGUAGUGAUUUUUGCUAAAUUCAGUUAAUAAUGCUAAGGCGUUUUCAACAGCAACUAUGGGAACUGUUUUUUAAAGGGUCACUUGUGUGCAUGUAUUAUCAAUAAUUUCUGUUUUGUCUGAUGUUUAUAAAGUCCCAGAAACUUUCUUGAUGACUCGUAAAUUGUCUGAAAUAUAUGAUGCGACUACAAUAUCAAAUUUUUACAAAACGCCCCAAACAGUGUACACUACUCCUUAACGGGCCUGGAAUAUUACGGAGUCCGUUGCCUCUGUUGCCUUGGUCUUGGCUCUGGUCCCCUUUUAAAGGCAGUGGACACUAUUGGUAAUUACUCAAAAUAAUUAUUAGCAUAAAACCUCAAUUGGUAACAAG